CUCACCCACCCAUCCCUACACCGCCAUCACUCCCAAAAAAAUUGCUCUCCAGAAAUCUCCAUCACCCUCUCUCUCUCUCUCUCUCUCUCACCGACCACCUUGCCAGAAGAAAUCUCUCUCCUGUAGAUUCCGUCUCUCAUCUCCCAAAACCCAAUCUUUAGGAUCCGGAACAACCAUGGCGGUUUUCGUGUUCUUUUCAGUGCUUUUUUUGGCUCUCCUUGGUCAUUCCAGAGCUAAUUACUGCGUGUGCAAUGAUGGGGUGAGUGAUUCCCAGCUACAGAAGAACAUAGAUUAUGCUUGCGGGAACGGAGCAGAUUGCAGGGCCAUCAACCAAAACGGCGUCUGUUAUAACCCUAACACCGUCAAAGCUCACUGCAACUAUGCAGUGAAUAGCUAUUACCAGAACAAGGGCCAAACUGCACAGAGCUGUGACUUUUCUGGCACUGCAACCGUCACUUCAACCCAACCCGCUACAGCUUCUGGAACUUGUUCUUAUCCCACAACUGCUGGUACUGGUACAACGGGUGGUGGAACCACCACAUCGCCCACCGCGGGCACCACCACCCCAACCACCGGCGGCGGGACUGGAAUAGGCACAGGCACAGGCACAGGAGGUACGGGUACGGGUACGGGCAUGGGUACAGGCACAGGGACAGGUACGGGAAUGGGAACCGGUGGCGGCAGCGUGAACCCAACACCAUUUGGUGGUGUGGGAGUUGCACCAACAGGGGGGAUCAACACCACCCCAGACGGCAGUGCUGCAGCAGCCGCUGAACCAUCUCACGGUGUAAUAAGCACGGCGACCAUCGCCUUGCUCGCUCUAUCCCAUGCCUUUGCUCCUCGGAUGGGUUUCUGAAACAAAAGAAAAGGAAAGAAAGGGGUGCUGGAGUUGUCUGACUGAUUAUUGUUCCUUUUCUGGCAUGGUGGAGCUAGCUAUAGAUUCCCCACUUUUCCAUGGCGGGCUUCUCUAUCUUUUCUUGAUUAUCGUUGAUGAUCGUCACGGUGGUGGAAAAAGAUUGGAAUUUGAUUCCUCUGUGUAGUGGGGAUUUGAUGUAUUA